AGUACACAACAAUAAUAGUUAUUCUAAUGUUUCCCGUUGAGGCGGACCGUUUGUGAUGCAUUAAUUUAUUUGUGCAGGCUUUUUAAGUUUUCUGGUUCUUUUCUCAACCAGAAAUUGGCGGCAUGCGACCCCAUUUUAAUCGGGCAAGUUUUGGCAAGUUUCAGUAAAGGCAAUGGUUUGCAUUCAGUUUUUGCCCCGAUGUAAUGCUGGAACGUUUUACUACACGUCAUGUAUUUUAGUAAGGAGAGAUCAUUAAAAAAAAUUAGUCUUGUGAUUUGUGUGUGAAAUAACACUCUCAUGGUCAAGGUCAGGGCACAGUGUCCAGGGUUUGUGCAGUAACCUGACCUCCAAAGAUUAGCAGUGUUGACGAAAACAUAAUAAGUAAAAAGAAAAACACCCAACAUCCUUAUUUGCCUGCUAAACUUAAGAGCCAGUAUAGACUUUUGUUUGUUAUAUUUAUUUGGUGAUAAAAGGACCGUUCUAACCAUUUGUAUUUUUUUUCCUAUGAAUGUAUGAGGAUUUUUACUUAGCCAAAGUUUAAAUAUAUUAAGUAGCCUGUUACAUUUUUUGCUAAAUUACACCCAGAAAAGCCUUUAGACGAUCAAGGCAUCAGCAAGACAUAACAUUACAUUAGUAACCUGCUGAAUGUAUUUAUUCUAUGUUGCCCUCACCUUUUAGGAUUUUGACAUGGAAGACAACUUAUUGUGCAAAGAAAGAGAAAAUAAAUAGCUUAAUUUUUUGAGACCAAAAAGAACAAAGUGUUUUUCGGGUGUCCUUGGGUUUUGUAUAUUAAAGUCUGAAACACCAUAUUUCAUGUAAUUUCUGUAAUGUAAGGUAACUGACAAUUAUUCAAUGCUUCUCUAUUACUUUGCUCUGGUUUUGUAAAAAGAUUGCAGCCUAUCUCACUUUUCAAUCUCUUCUCUCUUCAGGUUGAAAUUGAAGCAACAAAAGACUGGCUGAGAUACAGAUACCAGAUUCUUCAAUCUGUUAAUGCAGACUACCUUUGCCCUUCGGCGCAAUGAGAUCGUCAGUGAUGAUCCCCCUGUUGAUGAGAUCCUGGAACGCUGGCCUGCACUCAAAAUGGAGUCACAAAUCUGUGCUGAGUUUCACAGAAUCUCAAACAUCAACCUAAAGAACUGCUUCUAUGCUGAGUUGGAUCGACAUGCCCCACGUCUUCAGCGCUUGUUCAGGAGGAAAGCUGCACGGACAGGGAAAGCAGCUGAAGUCCUCAGUCGGAUCUUCCAGAUGUAUGACCUCCAGGAACAAGUUGAUGUUCAUGUCAGACGUGCUGCUGUUCUCCGUGCUCUCCCUGCAUAUCUGCAUGAUGACGACUCUGGAUUUCUCAAGCAAUGGGAUGUGGCGCAGUCUGAACCAGACAUUGGUGACUUACCGGUUGGGCUCUUGAUCAGUGCCACUUCAGAUGCCAUGUACCUCUGCCCAGAGAAGGUUGCGGUCGUGCUCGAGGGUAAAACAGUCAUUGAUUUUCCCACAUUCGCUGACGCAUUUGUAGUGCUUUUCGCACUGAUUUAUGCACUGCAUCUGAAUUACCCAAAAGACAUGGCAAAUACUUUUGACUUCACUCAGAAAGUCUUGAUGGGUCUGGAGGAUGGAAACAUGAGACCCAGGGUCUUGAGCCUCAAAAAUGAACUUUUGGCAGUGGAGUAGUUUGUUCCUGUUUUAAAACAUCUUAGAGAUGUGUUUUUCAAAGAUUUUUAUUGUUCAAUUUUGAAUGUGUUAAUGUUCAAGAAAACUCAUUCUGUACUGGUAAGAUCCCAUACCAUGCGGUUGUCCACUAUGUGGUUCUUUUGUCAGGCCAUUUUGUUAGGCCCUUGCACUAUUGUUCAAUGUUACUGUUCCUGUUUUUGCACUGAAUGGAAGCGUAUAGGGCAAGAUAUUGAUGUAUAACGUGAAAGUUGUCAACCAGCAGAGAUAUUGCCUUAAUAUUCAUUGUCAUGUAACUCUUUUUAAUAUGCGGCCAUUAUAAGCAAACUGAAAAAUUGGUGAACAGAACGGUUUAUGGCAAUAUUUGGAUAAUUUUGGUAUCAAUUGCCUUUCCUUGUCAGGAAACGUACAAAAAUGUUUUUAACUUGCCACGAUUGUAUAUUAAUAUCAUGAUAAAAAUUGGCAUGU